GCCAGCCUGAAAGCUGACUAUAUAAAUAAGCCCUUUGCACAGCGGUGUCAAGACUUGGUUAAAGUCAUUGAGGAUUUUCCAGCAAAGGAGCUGCACACCAUCUUCCCGUGGCUGGUGGAGAGCAUUUUCGGCAGCCUGGAUGGCAUUCUCGUUGGCUGGAACCUCCGCUGCCUACAGGGACGGGUGAACCCUGUGGAGUACAGCAUCGCCAUGGAAUUUCUAGAUCCUGGUGGCCCAAUGAUGAAAUUGGUUUAUAAACUUCAAGCUGAAGACUAUAAGUUUGACUUUCCCGUCUCCUACCUGCCUGGCCCUGUAAAAGCGUCCAUCCAGGAGCGCGUCCUCCCUGACAGCCCUCUGUACCACAACAAGGUCCAAUUCCCCCCGACCGGAGGCCUUGGCCUGAACCUGGCCCUCAAUCCGUUCGAGUAUUAUAUAUUCUUCUUUGCCCUGAGCCUCAUCACUCAGAAGCCACUCCCUGUGUCCCUCCACGUCCGUACUUCAGACUGUGCCUAUUUCAUCCUGGUGGACAGGUACCUGUCGUGGUUCCUGCCCACUGAAGGCAGUGUGCCCCCCCCACUUUCCUCCAGCCCAGGGGGGGCUAGCGCCUCACCAGCUCCCAGGACCCCAGCCAUGUCCUUUGCUUCCUACGGCCUCCACGACACCAGCCUCCUGAAGCGACACAUCUCCCAUCAGACGUCUGUGAAUGCAGACCCCGCCUCCCAUGAGAUCUGGAGGUCAGAAACUCUGCUCCAGGUUUUUGUUGAAAUGUGGCUUCAUCAUUAUUCUUUGGAGUUGUACCAAAAAAUGCAGUCCCCUCAUGCCAAGCUGGAAGUUCUGCACUACCGGCUCAGUGUCUCCAGCGCCCUCCACAGCCCUGCGCAGCCCAGCCUCCAGGCCCUCCACGCCUACCAAGAGUCGUUCACGCCCACCGAGGAGCACGUGCUGGUGGUGCGCCUGCUGCUGAAGCAUCUGCACGCCUUUGCCAACAGCCUGAAGCCGGAGCAGGCCUCUCCCUCCGCCCACUCUCACGCCACCAGCCCCCUGGAGGAAUUCAAACGGGCUGCUGUCCCGAGGUUUGUGCAGCAGAAGCUCUACCUCUUCCUGCAGCACUGCUUCGGCCACUGGCCCCUGGAUGCGUCGUUCAGAGCCGUCUUAGAGAUGUGGCUGAGCUACCUACAGCCAUGGAGAUACGCACCUGAGAAGCAGGCUCAGAGCAACGACUCCCAGCCCCGGUGUGUGUCGGAGAAAUGGGCGCCCUUUGUUCAGGAGAACCUGUUGAUGUACACCAAGCUGUUUGUGGCCUUCCUGAACCGCGCACUCCGCACAGACCUGGUCAGCCCCAAGAACGCUCUCAUGGUGUUCCGAGUGGCCAAAGUCUUCGCCCAGCCCAACCUGGCUGAAAUGAUCCAGAAAGGUGAGCAACUGUUCCUGGAGCCAGAGCUCGGCAUCCCCCACCGCCAGCACCGACUCUUCAUGGCUCCCACACUCACUGGCAGCUUCCUGUCGCCCUGGCCGCCGGUGGUCACUGAUGCCUCCUUCAAGGUGAAGAGCCACGUCUACAGCCUAGAGGGCCAGGACUGCAAGUACACCCCGAUGUUCGGGCCUGAGGUCCGCACCCUGGUCCUGCGCCUCGCUUGGCUCAUCACACAGGCCAAGCAGACUGCCAAGUCCAUCUCUGACCAGUGCAUGGAGAGCCCAGGUGGCUUCUCUUUCCUGUCGUGGCUGGGCUUCAGCCCCAUGGGUACCAACUGCCCCUACCCAGCCAACGACCUAGACGAGAUGGGGCAGGACAGCGUCCGGAAGACAGAUGAGUACCUGGAGAAGGCCCUGGAGUACCUGCGCCAGAUAUUUCGGCUCAGCGAAGCCCAGCUCACCCAGCUCACACUCGCCUUGGGGACCACUCAGGACGAGAAUGGAAAGAAGCAGCUCCCAGACUGCAUUGUGGGUGAGGAUGGACUCAUCCUCACGCCCCUGGGCCGGUACCAGAUCAUCAACGGGCUGCGAAGGUUUGAAAUCGAGUACCAGGGGGACUCGGAGCUGCAGCCCAUCCGGAGCUAUGAGAUCACCUGCCUGGUCCGUGCUCUCUUCCGGCUGUCGUCCGCCAUCAACCGCAGAUUUGCAGGUCAGAUGGUGGCUCUGUGCUCCCGCAACGACUUCCUUGGCAGCUUUUGUCGCUACCACCUCACGGAGCCAGUGCUGGCCAACAGGCACCUGCUGAGCCCCGUGGGGCGGAGGCAGGCGGCCAGCCAGACCCGGGGCCCCAGGCUCAGCCUGCGCUUCCUGGGCAGCUACCGGACGCUGCUCUCACUCCUGCUGGCCUUCUUUGUGGCCUAUCUGUUCCGGGUAGGGCCCCUGCUGUGCACCCUGCUCCUCGUCCUGGGCUACGUCCUCUACGCCAUGGCCAUGACGGUGCUGACCGAGCGGGGCAAGCUGCAUCAGCUCUGACGGGUUGGCCGCUGUCUCCACAGCAGACGGGGGUUUGCCUGGGAGGCCACUUCCAAGCUAGAACCUAGU